CUUCCUCUUGACCCCACCCACUCCCUUCUGCGAUUGGCUGUGAGGUCCUGGGUCUACACCUCCGGGUCCGGCGCCUGCGCGAGGGUCAAUGGCAGCCCGUCGCACCUGACAGUGGGAGGCAGUGCCUCCCCUUCCCCUCUGCGGGCGGGACAGUUAGAUAGCCACCAAGGAAAACACCAUGAAAGAUACAGAUAUCAAGAGACUACUGUAUGCCCAUCUUUUAUGCAUAUUUUCAAUUAUCCUAAGCAUCUUCAUUCCAUCAGUAUUCUUGGAGAACUUCUCAAUAUUGGAAACACACUUGAUGUGGUUGUGCAUCUGUUCUGUUUUUGUAACUGCUGUCAAUCUAGUAUUAUAUUUGGUAGUGAAACCAAAUAUAUCUUCUAAAAGAAAUUCAUUAUCACAUAAGGUAACCAGAAUCUUGAAAUGUUGUAUCUAUUUUCUUAUGUCUUGCUUUUCCUUUCAUGUGAUUUUUGUUCUAUAUGGAGCACCACUAAUAGAGUUGGUGUUGGAAACAUUUUCAUUUGCGAUUCUUUUGUCUACUUUUACUACCGUACCUUGUUUAUGUUUGUUAGGACCAAACAUCAAAGCAUGGCUAAGAGUUUUCAGUAGAAAUGGAGUUACAUCCAUUUGGGAGAAUAGUCUCCAGAUCACUACAAUUUCUAGUUUUGUAGGAGCUUGGCUUGGAGCAUUUCCUAUUCCACUGGAUUGGGAAAGACCAUGGCAGGUUUGGCCCAUCUCCUGUACGCUUGGAGCGACCUUUGGCUACGUGGCUGGCCUUGUUAUUUCACCACUCUGGAUAUACUGGAAUAGAAAGCAACUUACAUACAAGAACAAUUAAUUAGAGCAAAGGGAGAAGAUAUUUCUUUGUGCAGAUUCCACAGGGCUGUGCAGAAAUGUGUGUGGUCAAAGCCAAGCAGUUCCAUUUACAGCACUGUUUUUUUUUAAUGUAGUUUCAACAUGAUGUGAUUGUAGCUUUUUAAACUAUGAAACCCCUGAGAGAUUGUACCUUCUAGUUGAAAUAAAGUAUUUAUAAUAGAUUGUGGCUUCA